AUGGCCUCUGGACUUGGUGUUGUUGGCCAGUCGGUUUUGAAUGCUUAUGGAUUGCUGCGCGCCAUCUACACCAACCAAGGAGCGUCAGCCAACUUAUCAUCUGCCCCUGCGGAAGGCACCAGCAAUCCGGAUGCCAUCACGUAUAUUUGGAACGGCGCACGAUACCCGGCCUUUUCACAGGGUUCAGUCUACUCUAAUAUCCUCACACUAAUACAAUUAACACGGUCGGCUUACUAUUCCUUUAAUGCAUCAAAUAUCGCGCAGUCGGGUGCACUCUCAAGCCAGGUUGGCCUGCAAACCUUCCUCAAUCCAAUUCAGGCCCUAGAGAUCAAUAUACAACCAACGACUCAAGGUACCCGGGUUCUAUAUAACACAAUCACUUUGGUCAUGCCAAUCAUACAACAGUUCCUCUUCAUGCUAGCAUUGAACGGAAUAUCAGGAGAGUUUGAGUUAUUCUCUAAAUUGCGACCUAGUACGAACGGCCUGUUACGCCUCGGCCUCUCAAUAUCAUACACUCUUAUCGGUUCGCUGUGCAUCGCAGGAUAUAUAUGGGCUUUCAAAGAAUCUUGGGAUGUCAACGGCAAUCAGUUCGCGUUAACAUGGAUUGUUAUGUGGCUAUACAUGCACAUCAACUUUCUUUUGGUGGACAUUCUGACCACGUGGGUUCCGAUGCAGUUCAUGCCAUUCUGCAUCUUGACCUGGGUUGUCAUGAAUGCGGCAAGCGCUAUCAGUCCGUUCAAGUUGAAUCCUGGGUUUUAUCGAUGGGGAUAUGCAUUGCCGGGCCAUGAAGUGUAUCAGGUCUUGGUCAAGAUUUGGAGCCAUGGGUGUGGCAAUCAACUGCAUAUCGCGCUUCCUGUCCUGUUUAGUUGGUGGUUUGCUGCUAUCGCAUUAGUUAUCGUGGCCGUUCACACACGAUGUCGAAAGGCUAGCGCCGCUGAAAAAGCUGAGACUGCAACAGAGCCAUCCGAAGAGGAUCAGAGACAAACCGACUCAGCCGAAGCAGACUCGGCACGACGUUCAAGUGCAGUCGAGCUUGUUCCACAGAGGACGAGAACGAUCGAGUCGAUUAGACUAGAGCGCGAAGCAUAUGGUCCAAGCUAUCCACCACCAAUUGUUCGUGGUCAACCGGCGCGGUGA